GCCAAUCUUUCUGGAUGUUUCUUAAAACAGCAAAAAACUUAUUGACGUUAUUAGAAAAAAGAUAUAAAUUUCAACAUGAGUUUUUUGAUUACAAUAAAACGCAACCAAGCAGAUUAGCAUUGUUCGAGAAGAGAGAUUUAUACUGACUAGAGAAAAAAAUGUCUUUGUGGCACAUUCCUGUUCACAAAUAUUUUUCUUCCGAUCCAUUUUUGGAAGAUAUAAUGGAAAUUACGUUUCCUCCCCUAAGAUAUUAUCCAUUAUUUAAUGUUGGAACGGGCGCUCUUGCGAAAAAGACUAACAAAGAAAACGGAUUCGUUGUAAAUCUUAAUGUCAAACACUACAAGCCAGAGGAAGUUACUCUGAAAGUAGAAGGACAAACUCUUGAAGUAAGUGGAAAACAUCGUAAUGAAAAUGAAAAUGGAUUUGAGUGCAGUGAAUUCCAUCGAAAGUAUACUAUUCCAGAUGACGUAGAUUCUACAGCACUUACUUCAAACAUCAGUCAAGAUGGUGUUUUGCAUAUAGAAGCUCCCAAAAAGCUACCUUUAACGUCUGAUUCUGGAGAAUCAACAAAAGAGACAUUUAAAUGCACUUUAGAUGUGAAAGGUUUUAAACCAGAAGAAAUUUCGAUUCAAGUAAAAGGUAGAGAUUUAAUUGUUCACGGUGAAACCAAAACUGAAAAUAGUGGCGAGCAUGGUUUGAGUUUUCACCACAAACAGUUUACCAAAAAUAUCUCUUUACCAGAUGAUGUCGAUCCUUCCCAAUUAAGUUCUCGCUAUACUAAAGACUUUAAGUUGGCAAUAGAAGCCCCGCGAAGUCAAGUUCAGGCUCCACUCAAACUUGAAAUCAAAAUGGAAGAAUAAACUUUCUCGAAUCAUUACAUAAAAAGAUUUUAUAAAUUAGUUGUGUAGUUAUAUUCUUUUUACAUAUUUUUACAUUUCAAUAGAUGCUGUAAAUUAUUUGUAAAUUAUUAAAAUAAAUACUGUAAA